GACGCGCAAAGGUGAAGAAACCUCUAAAAUUUUAUCUGUACAGAAGUUUUAUUAAUUUUAUUAAUUAAAAUGACAUUAUUAACAUUAAAUCAAAGUAGUAGAUUAUUUAAUUUGUGCAAAAAAUACUCCAACUUGCGAGUGGAUAAACUUGGAUCUCAACUUGUUGAGUUUUAUUCAACAGUUAUUUCUCAAAAUCCUGUCAGUGGACAGACAUGUAGUCAUCAGAAGCCACCAAAAAUGUAUGGACAACCUACACCAUUAACUCAUCCUCACCUUUUGAGUCCUGGUGAACUAGUGCCUGGUAUAAAAUUAGAAGAGUUCAAAGAACGAAGAAAAACAUUAGUUAAACAUAUCGUUGAAACAGGAAAAAUAUCAUCUCAUCCUCAUAUUAUAAUUAUUCCAUCAGCAACUAAGGUUUAUAUGUCUGAUAAAAUUCCUUAUUUCUUUCGACAAAACACUGAUUUUCUCUACUUUACUGGAUGUCAAGAGCCAGAUAGUAUUUUAUUAAUUGUAGUGAAUGGUGAGAAAUAUGAAUCAACAUUAUUUGUACAAAAAAAAGAUUUAAAGUCUGAGUUAUGGGAUGGACCUAGAACUGGAGCAGAAGCUGCAAUAGAUAUGUUUGGAGUUGAUAGAUCUCUUCCAAUAUCAGAUUUUGAAUUUUUCAUCUCUUCCAUUAUCAGUGAAGAUAAAAAUAGUACAUUUUGGUAUGAAAAUAAUGAACAAAUUCAUCCGGAAUUUCAUAAAAAAAUAUUACAAUUAGUUAAAUCUACAGGAUUACGUAGUGUCACAUCUCCUCAAACAAUAUUUCAUAAUAUCAGACUGAUAAAAUCACCAGCAGAAAUUCAAUUGAUGAAAAAAAGCUGUGAUAUUGCAUCUGCAGCAAUCACAAAAACUAUAGAAGUAUCAAAACCAGGAAUGAGUGAGCAUGAGUUAUUUGCUAUUGUGGAUUAUGAAUGUAGAAUGAAUGGAGCAGAACAUUUAGCAUAUCCUCCAGUUGUCGCUGGAGGGAAAAAUGCUAAUAUCAUUCAUUAUAUAAAAAAUAAUCAGAUUGUAAAUAGAAAAGAAAUGGUAUUGAUGGAUGCUGGUUGUGAGUAUCAUGGAUAUUCAUCAGACAUCACAAGAACUUGGCCCAUUGAUGGAACGUUUACUCCUCAGCAAAGAAUUUUAUAUGAAAUAGUCUUAGAAGUCCAGAAGUCGUUGAUAAAAAAAGUAGAAGAGUUUAUUACUUUGGAUCAGAUUUUCUAUGAAAUGUGUCGACUACUGGGUAAAAGAUUACAAGAAAUUGGUUUAAUACCAAAGGAUUUUUCUUCUGAAAAAGCUGUCUCAGCUGCAUACUCGUAUUGUCCACAUCACGUUAGUCAUUAUUUAGGAAUGGAUGUUCAUGAUGUAGGAAAAGUUACGAGGAGUCUUCAAACAAAGCCAGGGAUGAUUAUUACCGUAGAACCAGGUAUUUAUGUAAAUCCUAAAAAUGAAUUAGCACUUCCGGAAUUUUAUAACUUAGGAAUACGUAUCGAAGAUGAUGUUCUUAUAGGAGAGAGUGGUUCAAUUGUACUUACUAAGAAUUGUCCAAAAGAAAUAGAGCAAAUUGAAUCAUUAGCAAAAUUAAAUCAAUUAUAACAUCAACAUUGUAAAUAAAGUAUUUAUAUAACAA